AUGUGGAUAUCUAUUUUUAUGUAUAUAAUUUUUUACUAUAUUUAUAUGCCGAAUGUCACGCAUAUAAGACCAGUGCAUUUACAGUUCAGGUCAUGCGAAGAAAACAUGGGUGUCUGCUCCUUUCCAUCAGCUCACAUUCAACUCACACGGUGGAACAAUCUGCUUAUGCCAGGGCAGCUGUAUCGAAUUAAACUGCUUUUGGACAUGCCUGAGUCACAGGUGAAUAAGGAUUUAGGCAUGUUCAUGGUGUGCGCACAGAUGCGGGCAAAAGGAGGUGUAUUUGUUUCGUCGUCAUGCAGAUCGGCUAUGCUUAGAUACAGAUUUCCCAUCAGGUCGCGAUUACAUGAGUUUAUCAGGACAACGGUCUUUGCUCCUUUGUUACUUAGCGGGUUCGACGAAGAAAAGCAACAGAUUCAAGUCGAGCUGUUUAGCGACUUUGUUGACGAUUCGGAAUUACCAGUGACAGACGCGUAUGUGGAACUCCAGUCGCGUUUUGCACAAACGUAUAGCUGCGAGCUGCAUAUACAGGCGCAUUUCUCUGGGUUGCGGUAUGUGAUGUAUUACUGGCCGCGUAUUUCAGCGUUCGUUGGAAUCUCUACGAAUAUUUUCUUCGUGUCUUUCAUAUUCAUCCUCAGUUGGUAUCAUCUGCAAGAUGGGAUUCCCGAAUUUGUUAAGGCUACAUUCGGUGUAACAGAAUUAAAGACCGAAGACGACGAUAAGAAGGUCGUCUUAGGGAAAGUGAAACUGGAGAGGGGGAGUAAAGAAUCGUUCCCGUAUUUCGAGGACGAAGCGCUUCUUGAAGAGUUCCAGCGUUUGGAGCAGAAAAAGACUUGA